UAUUCAGAUUUUGCAUGUUUGGUGUUAACAGCAUUGGUUAUUUGUGUCCAAAGCAUUAUUUGAUCUGAGGAACAGUCCUUACAUAAAAGGGUUUUCCUUAGCUUGCAAUAUGUUGGAAUUUAAAGUAUGAAAUUAGUAAUUGGUUCUAAAUGAUCUAUUUAAGUUAAUUUAUAUUUAAACUGGAUAAAAGAGGUUUUUCAGACCCAGAGAGGGAGCCGCCAUCUUGAAUUUGUCACUUGGUCCAGUAUUUAGCCGGAGGUUCCCUUUACAAUAACUCUAUGGGUGAUCUUCCACUUCUAAGCAGGAUCCUUCCUUGUCUGCUCAGAAGAAGCACGCUGAUAUAGCUUUACACCUCCUACCCCAGCAGCCUGGAAGUUAAUGCUAUGAAAAGCACAAAAUGCUCUUUUGGUCUGCUUUUGAUCUGAUGUCAGCCCUAGAUUUUCCGAGGCUUUACUGCUUGUCGGUUGUCGCCAGCAGGAGGCAGUGUAGAGUACAUGGCUCUCUGGGUUAGGCGUUAUACCGACAACAACUUUGUGUGUGACCUAAAUUUCGAUAUCGUCUCGUUACAACCACGAGGCUUCUGUCAAACUGUCAAAGACGAAUUCUAUGUGAAGUAUUAAAUACGACAAUAACCCAAUGCCCCUUGUGCCGUCCAUUGUCAAGGUGCGGAGCCACAUUUCGCCUGUCCAUUGCUUAUUACCUGUCACUUAACCGACUAUUUUUAUCUUAAGCGACUCACAAUUUGAAUAAUUUACGUGGCUUGAUAUGUACUGGAGCGAUUCAAAUUAGGUACUUAAUGCACUCAAGCGUAGACGUGGAACAGCAGUAUAAUCACUGCAGGAGUUUAAACUGGCCACCUUGAAGGAUGUCAGUUACAAAGUAGAAUGUAGUUGAGUGAUAUUCCAUGAUAUUAUGAUUUUAAACGCUUGAGACGAUUUUAGAAUAUUAUUGGUCUAAUAAUUUGGACGAAUCUGGGAGCCAAUCCAAGAAGUCUGCGAUGCAAAUGCUGUUCUGGGAUUUGGACAACAGAUCGAGUACUGUCAUCCUCAGCUGUACGAAAGGCAGUCUGCUAACCAACUGGUUUAACUGGCUUGCCGCCCGUGUUCCCCACGCCUCUGGUGGGGUUGCUCCUGGGUGGAAUUUCGUUCCUGUUUGAUUGCACCAGCAUCUGCUAAUCACGUCUGCGACCCUUAGCGUCUCACUCCUCAAGGGGUGGAGCCUUAAAACGGGGUCGAUCAACUACCGAGCGAACCACUGUUCUAGGAUCUGUUUGCACUGUCAAUCCAGAGACGUUUCCGCAGCUGUAUAGUACAAAAACUGAUCCAGGAUCGACGAGCCCCGCGCAGCAGCACGAUAGAACAAGCGUCGCGCUUGCGCAGUCCCCCCCCCCAGUGGCAUCCGAACCUAUACACUCUUCCAAAUUUACCUCCUUGACUAAAACCUUUCGAAGUGGUGCCGUAUUGCCCUCCUCCCCCCUAAAACAGCAGACAAAAAAAUCUGAUUAUGAGAUUUCCCACGUUAAAUUCAUGGAGGAUAAAAAACGUGAGAUCUCCCCUCGGUCUCCUGCCCCGGAGAAGAUUCGGUGAAGAUGAGUCGCUACGUUCAGAGGGGGUUUCCCCCCCAAAGCGAGGGGGGAAUUGCUUGAAAUAGCCGAUCUGAGAAGAAGAACCGGACUCCCAGUGGUUCGCCGGUGACAUAUUCGACCUCAUCCUGGUUGAAUUUUGCAAAUCGGCGGUGCCAGUGCCUAGCCAGCCCGCGGGACAGCGCUAAGCCCUGAUUCAGCAUGGGAUCGAUUUCCUCUGUUGCUGUUUAUUAGCUGGGCACCAGGUAACAUUUACUACUAAGUAACCGAGCGGCCCAGAAUCGGCGCGCACACUUUGAUCUUGCGUCCAAGGCGGAACCCGCAGCUGGCCGACUAGCCGGUUAGCUCAGCUCACGGACUCAUGCGGACUUAAAUGGGGAGGAAGCGGCAGCCCCGGGGUCGAAACGCGACGUCGGUCCACGGAUCGCGCCGGAGCUUGGAUGCGUGAAGCUCUGCCGUCUCGGCACCCAGUUUGAGCAGCGGGACUGUGGCCGUUGUUUUGCUUUUGUUUGUUUUGUUGUUUUUUUUGCACAUCAACGCCGGUGAUCCGCCAGCUGUUUUAUGUAAACUUGGCUGCCGGAGAGGGAAAGAGCGGACAGGCUCGUGCGGCUCGACUCGCGCUCGACCGCGGCAGCGCAUGCAGCAGUCGCGCGGCGGAGCCAUGCAAGCGCCACAGCUGCAGUACGACUUCUUCAGCGAGGAGAACUCCCCGAAAUGGCGGGGGCUGCUGCUUCCGUCCCUGAACAAGGUGCUGAGCCAGGUGCACCCCAAGCUGUCGUCGAAGGAGGACGCGCUGCAGUACAUCGAGGAGCUGAUUCUGCUGCUGCUCAGCAUGCUGUGCCAGGCGCAGCCGCGCACCGUGCAGGAUGUGGAGGAACGGGUACAGAAAAGCUUCCCUCAUCCCAUUGACAAGUGGGCCAUAGGGGACGCCCAGGCAGCAAUAGAGAAGAGGAAGAGGAGGAACCCAUUAGCACUUCCUGUGGAUAAGAUCCAUCCCCUGCUCAAGGAGGUUUUAGGGUACAAGAUCGACCACCAGGUGUCAGUUUACAUCGUGGCCGUGCUGGAGUACAUCUCUGCGGACAUUCUGAAGCUGGCCGGUAACUAUGUGCAGAACAUCCGGCACUACGAGAUCUCGCAGCAGGACAUCAAGGUGGCCAUGUGUGCCGACAAGGUGCUGAUGGACAUGUUCCACCAGGACGAGGAGUAUAUCAGCGGCUUCCCUCCCAUGGACGAGGAGCCGUCCGUGUCGGGGGAGCAGACCUACCACGACCUGGUCCGGUCCUUCAUGGCGGAUGUGCGGCAGUAUUUACGUGACCUGAACCUCAUCAUCAAAGUGUUCCGGGAGCCCUUCGCCUCCAAUGCCAAGCUCUUCUCCCACAAUGACGUGGAGAACGUCUUCAGCCGCAUCAUGGACAUCCAGGAGUUGACGCUGAAGCUGCUGGGACUCAUCGAGGACACCGUGGAGAUGACCGACGAAGAUAGUCCCCACCCCCUGGUGGGAAGCUGCUUUGAGGACCUGGCCGAGGAGCUUGCGUUUGACCCGUACGAAUCAUAUGCCCAGGAUAUCUUGCGGCCCGGCUUCCAAGACCAUUUCCUGAGUCAGCUGUCUAAGGCAGGAGCAGCGCUGUACCUCCAGUCCAUAGCUGAAGGCUUUAAAGAAGCUGUCCAGUACGUCCUGCCCAGGCUGCUCCUGAACCCGGUCUACCACUGUCUACACUACUUUGAGAUCCUCAAGCAACUAGAAGAGAAGAGUGAGGAUGAUGAAGACAAGGAGUGCUUGAAGCAGGCCAUCACCGCCCUGCUCAAUCUGCAGAGCAGCAUGGAGCGGAUCUGCUCCAAGAGCCUGGCCAAGCGGAGGCUCAGCGAGUCGGCCUGCCGCUUCUACAGCCAGCAGAUGAAGGGCAAGCACCUGGCCAUCAAGAAGAUGAACGAGAUCCAGAGGAGCAUUGAUGGCUGGGAGGGCAAGGACAUCGGCCAGUGCUGCAGCGAGUUCAUCAUGGAGGGCACGCUGACGCGUGUGGGCGCCAAGCACGAGCGCCACAUCUUCCUGUUUGAUGGCCUCAUGGUGUGCUGCCGCGCCAAUCACGGGCAGCCGCGGCUGCCGGGGGCCGGCGCUGCGGAGUACCGCCUCAAGGAGAAGUUCCUGAUGCGCAAGGUGCGUGUGAGCGACCGUGACGACGCCGGCGAGUGCCGGCAUGCCUUUGAGGUGACGCCGCGGGACGGCGCCGCUGUGGUCUUUGCCGCCAAGACGGCGGAGGAGAAGAGUAGCUGGAUGGCGGCGCUGGUGUCGCUGCAGUACCGCUCUACGCUGGAGCGCAUGCUGGACCUGGCCGUGCUGCGGGAGGAGAAGGAGGAGCGCGUGCGUCUGCCGCGGCACGAGCUGUAUCGCUUCGCCGAGCCCGACUCUGAGGAGAACGUCGUCUUCGAGGAGAACGUGCAGUCCAAGUCGGGCAUCCCCGUCGUCAAGGCCGGCACCGUGCUGAAGCUCAUCGAGCGGCUCACCUACCACAUGUAUGCAGACCCGAAUUUCGUGCGGACCUUCCUGACCACGUAUCGGUCAUUCUGCAAGCCGCAGGAGCUGCUGACUCUGCUCAUGGAACGGUUUGAUAUCCCAGAGCCUCAGCCCACAGAAGCGGACCAGAUGGCGAUUGAGAACGGGGACCAGCCGCUCAGCGCCGAUCUGAAACGCUUCCGGAAGGAGUACGUGCAGCCGGUCCAGCUCAGAGUUCUGAAUGUCUGCCGCCACUGGGUGGAGCACCACUUCUAUGACUUUGAACGCGACCCAGAACUGCUCAGACGGCUGGAGGAGUUCAUCGGCAUGGUCCGAGGCAAAGCCAUGCGGAAGUGGGUCGAGUCCAUCACCAAGAUCAUCCAGCGGAAGAAGCAGGCGCAGGCCAACGGGCCCAGCCACAACAUCACCUUCGAGAGCCCCCCGCCACCCAUCGAGUGGCACAUCUGCAAGCCAGGCCACAUGGAGCACUUUGACCUCUUGACCCUUCACCCCAUCGAAAUCGCCCGCCAACUCACUCUGCUGGAGUCAGAUUUCUACAGGGCAGUCCAGCCCUCGGAGCUGGUAGGCAGUGUCUGGACAAAGGAAGACAAGGAGCUCAACUCGCCAAACCUCCUGAGGAUGAUCAGGCAUACCACCAACCUCACGCUCUGGUUUGAGAAGAGCAUUGUGGAGACUGAGAACCUGGAGGAGAGAGUGGUGGUGGUGUCACGCAUCAUCGAGAUCCUGCAAGUUUUCCAAGAGCUCAACAAUUUCAACGGCGUGCUGGAGGUGGUGAGCGCCGUUAACUCCUCGCCGGUCUACAGGCUGGACCAUACUUUCGAGCAAAUCCAGAGCCGUCAGCGGAAGAUUCUGGAAGAGGCGCAUGAGCUGAGCGAGGACCACUACAAGAAAUAUCUGGCAAAACUCAGGUCUAUCAACCCCCCCUGUGUGCCUUUCUUUGGAAUCUAUCUAACAAACAUCCUGAAGACGGAGGAGGGAAACCCAGACUUCUUGAAACGGCAUGGCAAGGACCUGAUCAACUUCAGCAAGCGGAGGAAGGUGGCCGAGAUCACUGGGGAGAUCCAGCAGUACCAGAACCAGCCAUACUGCCUGCGGGUGGAGAGUGACAUCAGGAAAUUCUUUGAAAACUUAAAUCCCAUGGAUGACAUGAUGGAGAAGGAGUUCACGGACUACUUGUUUAACAAGUCCCUGGAGAUUGAGCCCCGGAGUGCCAGGACCCUGCCCCGAUUCGGGAAAAAAUAUAACUAUUCCCUGAAGUCCCCUGGGGUGCGCCCGUCGAGCGCACGGCCAGGCACCAUGCGACACCCAACGCCGCUACACAGCGAGCCGCGCAAGAUCAGCUACAGCCGCAUCCCCGACAGCGAGGCCGAGAGCACCGCCUCGGCACCCAAUUCGCCACGCACCCCCCUGACGCCACCACCGCCCGCCUCGGGGGGCUCCAGCGCCACCGACAUCUGCAGCGUCUUCGACUCCCCCCAGGGCCCCUCCAGCCCCUUCCACUCAAGUAGGUCCCUACAUGCGUUACUGCUCAGACGUGCAGCUCGGCCGCCGUGUCUGCUGUGCGCCGACAGACUCCAGUGUUUAUCAUUCAGUGCGAUUUCAACUUUCAAGACCCGUGCAGUUUGGCAUCUCGCGCAGUGUUUGCACACUGCGUCUCUUCACUUCCCCAGAUGCUGUAGAGAAGGAUCCUCCUCGGUCUCCUCCAUGGCAAGCUUCAACCGGAGCACCGAGGACGCGCCGGUGCCCCCGCCAGUGCCCCCCCGCAGGCGGCCUGAAUCUGCGCCCGCGGAGUCGUCGCCCUCAAAGAUGAUGUCAAAGCACCUGGAUAGCCCCCCCGCCAUCCCCCCCCGCCAGCCCACCACCAAGGUGUACUCCCCGCGCUACUCCAUGUCGGAGCGCAGCUCCACCUCCGAGCCCCCGGACAGCCCCCCCACGCUGCCUCCACGAGAACCUGUUCGAACCCCGGACGUCUUCCCCAGCCCCUCCCUCACCCUGCAGCCGACCCCCCAGGGCCUGCGUAACGAAACCGGCCAGACGUUCUUCUCCAACUUCAGCCCCCUCCCACCUCAGACCCCAUCGCCGCUGGGACAUCGGAAACAACUCCCCUCCCCGCCCCUAAUACCCCAGGAGGGUGAGCCCCUACCUGGAGCCACGGGCCCCCCCGUGCCCCCCCGGCAGAGCACCUCCCAGACCAUUCCAAAACUGCCGCCUAAAACGUACAAAAGGGAGCCUGUGCCCAUUCACCGGGACGGGCCCCCCCUGCUGGAGAAUGCCAAUUCCUCUUAGACGACAGAGACGGACAGAGGCUGGCAGUAUCGCAGAACCUUAACACUAAAGACCGCAGAACAUGAAGAGCAAAACAGAGGAAGUCCAGUCAGGGUUUUACCUGGAACCUUUUUCGAGAUGCUCAACAUUCAAAACCUUAAAUUCAAGAACUGUCCUGUUUUUUUUUUUUUUUUUUUUUAAAAAGGGGGAAAUUAUGGGGACACCCUGUCUUGGGUGUUUUUUGUUAUUGUCCGUUGUUAGGGUUUAUUUUGUUUGUGAGGUUUGGAUCAGUAUUUGCCAGUCCGAUCCUCAGGGCCGCGCAGUCGCUCCAUGUUUUUGCUCCCUCUGAGCUCCCUGCCAGUCCACAUUCUUGUUCUCACAGGUCCCAGCCGUGGGAGGGAGCAAAAACCUGGACUGUCUGUGGGUCCCCACGGACCAGACCGGGAGACACUGGUUUACAUGAAUUCAUUUCAAGAGACUGCCUAGUGAGGCCUUUUCAAUGCACCACGGGGCCCCUGCCGAAGCAGACUGCACUUUGCAAAAAGCGACUUUGAACUCCAUAACCAUGCAAACAUAACUAACGUGAACCUGCUUUUCCAUUAAAUGAUGAAUAAAGCCGAUUUUAAAAAGAUGAAA